GGGCAGCGCGCGGAGCAGCUGCCACUCGCCGCCUCGCCUCCCGGCCCGCCAGCUCGGCCACGGAGCCUCCUCCUCCUCCUCCACAGCGGGCGCGUCUCCUGCCUGAUCGCGCCAAGAGACAUGACCCUGGUGCUGCCAACGAUCAAAACAUGCAGACUCCCGGAUGACGAGCACACGGAGACACCCGCCCAUGCGCAGCCCUGGGAGCGACACCGACGAGCGAGCUCCCUCGUCGAGCCAGACUAGGGCCCUUUCGCAGAGGGUCCCGGUGCCCGAGGACCGCACGCACAUCCUGCAGCUCUCGGUGGAGAAGCUGCGCAUCAUGGACGACCCCGAGCUGCUGCUGCGCCGCUCGGUGCUCAUCAACAACCUCCUGCGGCGCAUCCACCUGCAGCUGCGCAGCGAGUGGAGCACGGACAGCUGCUGCCCGGGCCUCCAGCGGGCCACCAUCGCCGCCGCCGCCGCCGCGGCCGCCGCCGCGGCCGCCGCGGCGGCGUCGUCCGAGCACGGCCACCGGCAGUACGCGGCGGCGGCGGCGGCGUCCGAGGCGUGGCUCGCCACCCACUGCGGCCUGUCGCCCCUCUCGCCGUCGCCGCCGCCGCCGCCCUACGGCAAGCGGCCACGGCUGUCGACGGGCCGCGCGCACGGCCACGAGGGCGAGGAGCGCGCCGCUUGCGCCGUGGCGGCCGGCGGCGGGGGCGGCGACGCCGGCGGGGCCACUGACGAGUGCCGCUCGUUCGCGGAUUGCGCGGCCGGAUACCGCACGGCGGCGUCCGCGUUCGGCUGCGCGCCACCUCGGCGCGCGGCGGCGGCGGCGGUGGCGGCGGCCGGCUGCUGGGCGCGCUACGUCCACGCGGCCGCCGCCGCCGCCGCCGGGAACGCCGGGGCCGAGGAUCGCGAAGUGGACGACGAGGGGGCCCCCUCUGGGACCCCCGCCGAGGAGUCGGAGGAGUCGGGGGAGGACGCUUCGGGCGGGCGCUCGCACGCCGCCGCCGCUUUCCCGCCUUGCGGCGUCGCGAGCGACACGAGCCGGGUGAUGCGCGAGCCGUCCUCGGGCGUCAAGCCCCGGUGCUGCCGCCGCCGAGGGCCGGGGUCGCGGGAGCGUGCGGACGGGUCCGUGCGCGGACGUUCCAAAGCGAGGGAGAAACACGGCGGCGGCGGUGGCUUCGGCGGCGGCGCGGGUCCCGUGGCCCGCGGGGAUCGGCCGAAGCGUGAGGCCGAGCCGGGCCUCUCUCGGCGCGCUCCUCCCGGGAGGCCCUGCGCCGUCGCUCUGCUUGCGAAGCCCGAGACCUUGCCAGAGCAAUCAGGGUAG